AUGACGCACAGCUAUCUGGACGAAGACGUCUCCUUUGGGCGGGAUGUCGACUUCGAGACUCCAGAAGAUCAGUCCAUCCAACAGCUCAAGGAGACCAUGGACGAGACAAAGGAAAGCGUCGAUAGCUUUGCCAAGGUACACUUUCGAUGGACGGUCGGAAUCAAGUUUAUUGGCCUGGUUGCACUAGCUUCGCUUCUGGCAGUUGAAUGGUAUUCCGAGAUCAGAUCGGAGGCUUCGCGGCUUGUCACGGAGCUCUCGUCACUGGGCAAG